AUGCGCCAAUGCCUAACAAACCCAGACGGGGGAUACUAUACUACGAAUAGGCCUUCCUCACAAGAUGCCGACCAGUUCGGCACGGCUGGUGACUUCGUCACUUCUCCCGAAAUAACGCAGAUAUUCGGCGAACUAGUGGGCAUAUGGUUCGUGACAGAAUGGAUGGCGCAAGGUCGACCAAUGAGCGGCGUGGAGCUCAUCGAGAUGGGCCCUGGGCGGGGAACUUUGAUGAGCGACAUGCUUCGGACCAUAGGCCAGUUUAGCACAUUUGCGAAAGCGAUUGAAGCGGUCUGGCUUGUCGAAGCGGGAGAAGGACUGAGAAUGAAACAGAAGGACGUCCUCUGCGGGGUGAGCACGGAGAUGAAAGAAGUCAGAGAUGACACGGGAAAGAACGUUUGGUGGGAGUCUACGUGCCGGCAAGGAAUCCCCGUGAGAUGGGUCGAGGAUAUCGCGUUAUUGCCCCGGGGAAGGGACGGUGGAGGUGGACAAAUGCCCUUUAUCAUUGCACACGAGUUCUUCGACGCACUUCCUAUUCACGCAUUCGAGUCCGUCGCGCCAAAGCCGGAAGAAGCCGACCAGGACGAAGCAAAAGCUCAACUACCCCGUGAAGCAGGCCAGCCAGUAAUGGAGUCAUCCACAACGAGCAAAUUACCACAAUGGAGGGAGCUCCUCGUUGCCCCUACAGCGCCCAAAUCUACCCUGACAACUGCAUCCACGGAUAGCGGGACGUCACCAAGCCUCAAGGAUCCCGAGCCAGAUUUCCAACUUACCCUGGCAAAGGCGAGCACACCCAGCUCCCUUGUCAUUCCCGAGCGGCGUCGAUACCGCGCAUUGAAGAAUCAAGUCUCAUCCCGCGUCGAAAUUUCGCCGGAGAGUUUCCGAUACGUCCAGGACUUCGCUCGACGCAUUGGCGGAAACGUCUACACGCCUUCACGAAGCAAACCCAGUCCUGAGACCGGGUCGAAGCCUAGACCUGCGGGCGCAGCGCUCAUCAUCGACUACGGGCCCCUUGACACCGUACCGAUCAAUUCGCUGCGAGCCAUUCGAAAACACAAGAUUAUCUCCCCCUUCGUGCACGCCGGCGACGCAGAUAUUAGUGCCGACGUAGAUUUCGGCGCCCUCGCAGACGCGGCACUCGAAGCAAAUCCAGACGUGGAAGUCCACGGACCGGUCGAGCAGGGCAUAUGGCUGAGUCAAUUGGGGAUCAAGGAGCGAGCAGAGCGGCUUUUGAAAGAAUUUGAAAAGAAAAAGAAACAACGCUCCACCAAAGAGGACGGCGUAACUGGGGAUUGGGACAAGAAACAGAGCGAAUUAGAAACGGGUUGGAAGAGACUCGUCGAGGGCGGGCCGAAGGGCAUGGGCAAAGCGUACAAGGUGAUGACGAUUCUGCCUGAGAAUUGUGGGAGGAGGAGACCUGUGGGCUUUGGCGGUGGUGUUGUUGGUUGA